AUGGUGUAUCUGAAGUACCUUGCUAGCGGCGCGCUGCUCUUCUCCCUCGCCUCGUCCGCCGUUAUUAGUCGACAGGCUGCUGCGAGCAUCAACGAUGCAUUCGUCGCCAAGGGAAAGAAGUACUUUGGUACUUGUUCCGACCAGGGUCUUCUGCAGAACAGCCCGAACGAGGCAAUUGUUCGGGCGGACUUUGGUCAAUUGACCCCGGAGAACAGCAUGAAGUGGGAUUCGCUUGAGCGUUCGUUCACCCGCCAUCAUCUCUUAUUCAUGUUCUGGUUGCUAAUCGCUAAUUACGCCAAAACGAAUAACAAAUUACUCCGCGGGCACACCCUAGUCUGGCAUUCCCAACUUCCAUCCUGGGUUUCAAGUAUCACCGACAAAGACACCCUAACUAAGGUGGUUAAGAAUCACAUCACAACCAUCAUGCAGAGAUACAAGGGCCAAGUUUAUGCCUGGGAUGUUGUCAACGAAAUCUUCGCGGAAGACGGAAGUCUCCGUGACAGUGUCUUCUCUCGAGUUCUUGGGGAGGACUUUGUCCGGAUCGCCUUUGAGACUGCUCGCGCGGCGGAUCCCAACGCCAAGCUCUACAUUAACGAUUACAAUCUGGAUUCCGCCGACUACGCCAAGACUAAGGGAUUGAUCAGCCACGUCAAGAAGUGGCUGGACGCUGGUAUCCCGAUUGACGGCAUUGCGUUGACAGCCCUCGCCGGGACUGGAGUCUCCGAAGUCGCAGUCACCGAGCUUGACAUCGAAGGGGCGAGCCCUGACUCAUACCUACAGGUUGUCGAUGCCUGUCUUGAGGUGAGCUCUUGCGUUGGUAUUACGGUCUGGGGUGUGUCCGACAAGGAUUCCUGGAGGUCCGGUACCACCCCGUUGCUCUUCGACAGCAACUACCAACCCAAAGCCGCUUAUAAUGCAAUCAUCGAUGCUUUAUAA